UCGUGUAUUUGUUUAAUUCUUGCAUCAGACUUUAUGUUUGAUCGACUCGAGGUAACAACGAAUGAGUUUCCUGGCGACGGGAAGUUCCCCAGCAUCGUCGAAGUGACCUUCCGCUUUCAUGGUUACGAACAAAAUCUCCUACUGGUGAAGGAUCAAGAGUCGACGGAUUUACUGAGUGAGACAGUGUUUGAGGCGUGGAAUGUUCUUCCCUCGGGAGUUUUCAAGGAUGAAAAUAGACAUAAUUUUGCGUACUAUAUGUCGCCGGACUCUGUAGACACAAGUAUCGUCAUGUUCAAGGAUGAUGGCAUGGCUGAGCCGAUAUAUUACGGACGAUGGGCGACUGAGUACGGAAACCUGGUAGUAUACUCGAAAGACGGAACUUCCGGCAAUCACCGCGUGCGUCGGGAUGAGGCUGUGCGAAUAACCAAUUUACGGGAGAUACACAAGGCUUACACGUCGAUCCCAGGAGAGGGUGGACAAAUCAUGGACAUAAAUAAACAUGACUCGGAAUGUGUGAUUCAAACUGGCUUCGUCGAGUUUGAUCUGCCAGGUUGUGGUUGCUGCGGCGGAUGCGGGUGUGACGAGGCGUGUGACUCGUGCAGUAACGGACUGGGGCGGCCCUCAUACACAGAGGCAGGCAACUGUACCGCCGAUUCCGAGUGCUGCAAAGACAAGGUCCGCGUCAGCACGCUGUUCGUGCCGGACGGUUGUGACGCGAAGUAUAAGCCCAGUCCUAGUAUCGUGAUGGUUGAAGCUCGUGGAUGGGAGCGAAGUGACCUACACGUCGACGCCGAGGUCUUCCAGCGUCCAGAUGACAAAAGCUGGAACGUCAAACUUGUCUCACGCGAUUAGCCAUUGACACUUCUUUUUUCACAAAUAACAAUCUUCCUACCGCAGAACUAAUGGAAGAAUAUACAUACAAUUUCAUGUUGUAUUUGAUUUUUCCUUGCAUAUUUCUUUGAGAAAUCAAGGGCAAUAUGGUUUUGUGUACCGCAAAGUUGUAUUGCGUGUUUAAAACGAAUAUAAGAAUAAACGUGUAUCAUAUG